AAAAUACUUGAACAUUUAAAAACAAUUUUUUUUAACGGUUUCUGAACUUUAUUGUGUAGGUUUGUUGGCCGGAGACUGCUUUAGUAACUGUUGCUAGGGGAACCCCGGUCCGGGACGCUACCAGCUUCACGCGCAGACGGGCCAGAACAUUCUAGAACUCCCCUGCUGCUGCGAGUCUGUAGGUUUAAGCUUGACACAAUAAAAAGUCUGAACAGUGAACAUCAGGAUGUCGACACUUCCCGCCAAGCCUGGCCUGCGCCGCAGCGUUCCUGAUUGGUUCGGUAACAACCAGCAGCUGUCCGCCACAGCCCAACAUGAGCGCCACGUUUCCACCACCAUCCGACAGGAGGGAAGGUCUCUGCGCAACCAGACCCGCUCUCAGACGGUCUGGGAUGAGAGCGACUCCUCUCGCAGGCUCCGCGACCGGGUUUGGGACGUGUCUCGAUGGAGGGAUGUGCUGGAGAGCUGCGCUCUGAAGGUGGACGACGAGAUGGAGGCUCUGACGCUGACCAAAGAGCUGAGCGAGCAGGCCCUGGCCGCCACCGCCGUGCCCCUGGAGGUCAGCACCGAGUGCCUGACGCUGAGGGAGGGCCGGCAGGGCUGCGAGCUGGUCACCGACUCGGUGGAGGAGCAGCUCAGGAAAGAAGUGGAGCUGAUUGAGCGGGUGCAGCUGAACCUGCAGCAGCAGAUCGACCAGGCCUUUGAGCAGCUGUGCACUCUGCAGGAGACUCGACACCAGCUGACCACCGACCUCCAGAACAAGAUGGAGGCUCUGGAAAUUGACCAGUCCUGCCUGUCACUCACGAUAGAGUCAUCCAAUAUCUCCCUGAAGACCAACCCGACCCGCAUACCACCAGGGUCCAGCACCCCCCAGGAGUGGGUCCAGUUCAGCCAGUACAAUGUGGUCCGUGCCCAGGAGGCCAUGCAGGCGUCCCAGCAAACCAGGGAGAACAUGGACCUCAGCAGAGCCCAGCUGAGGAAUGAGCUGGAGACUCAGUUCAGGACCACCGAGUUUGCUCUCCGAAAACGCACCCACCUGGAGGAGCAGGCCCGGGACGAGCUGCAGUGGCAGACCACCAAGACUGAGGAGGAGAUGGCUGAGAUGGAGAGGGACAUCCAGGGGCUGGAGGCAGACCUCCAGGCUAAGACCGCCUGCCUGAAGCUGGCUCACACCCGGCUGGAGACCAGGACCCAGAGGCCAGGCGUGGACCUGUGCAGGGACCAGGUGCAGCUCGGCCUGGUGGCUGAAGUCCAGCAGCUGGAGGCCACCAUCCUGGUUCUGAGGCAGAAACUCUCCGAGGCCCAACUGUCCCUGCAGAGGAUGAAGCUCCACCAGGCCCGGAUGCUGCAGGACCUCAGCAGGAAGCAGGAAGCUGUAUCUCUGGAGCAGCGCAGCCUGAGCAGCCGGGCCCGCAUCGCCACGGCAACCGCCGCCGCCGCCACGGCCACGCCGCCCCACGUCCCGCUCACAAACUCCAGCGGGAGGAGCGGCCUGCAGCUGCUGGCCCUGUGA